AUGGCUGGGUGCAAGGUUUAUGAGACGGAUGAGGCGUUAAACGAGAAAGAUUUUGAUAAGAUGGGUUUGAAAUACUUGGGAAAGAUCAAAAUUGAGAAGUUGAAAUAUUCUAUGGCUGCUCGAGCGCGAUUAAUGGCUCAAAUAAAGAUGUGGGCCAUUUGGGUAAUGACGGUAGUUUUGAUUUGGGGUUGUGCAGUGCAGCUAGCAGCACUGAAUCAGACAAGGUGGCUCAGGGUGGUGCAGCACUGGUCUUCUUCUUCUUCUAUUCCAUCUGCAAGGUUUUACAAGAGUAAUGGAUAUCUGAUGGUUUCAAGCAAUGGAGGACUAAACCAAAUGCGAGCCGGAAUUUGUGACAUGGUUGCUAUUGCAAGCUACAUAAAUGUCACACUAAUAGUUCCUGAACUUGACAAAACCUCCUUUUGGAAUGAUUACAGUGAGUUCAAGGAUAUAUUCGACGUGGAUUACUUCAUCACGUCCUUAAGAGACAAGGUUAAGAUACAGAGAGAGUUGCCUCCAAAUCUGAAGAAAAUAGUGGAGAUGGGCACAUUUUACUCCAUGCCACCAAUUAGCUGGUCUAACAUGUCCUAUUAUAGUAACACGAUUCUUUCUCAAAUAGAAGAGUAUGAACUUUUGCACCUCACUAAGACUGAUGCUCGGCUUGCCAACAACGGGCUUCCUUUGGAGGUUCAGAAGCUACGGUGUCGAGCAAAUUACAAUGCCCUAAGAUUCACUCCUGCCAUAGAGAAGUUGGGUAGAAAGAUAGUUGACCUUCUACGGCAAAAGGGUCCAUUUCUAGUUCUUCACCUUAGAUAUGAAAUGGACAUGUUGGCAUUCUCUGGUUGUACUCAAGGUUGCAAUGCUACAGAGGUUGAAGAGUUGACAAAAAUGAGGUAUGCUUAUCCAUGGUGGAAAGACAAGGUUAUAAACUCUACAAAGAAAAGAAAAGCAGGGCUGUGCCCUAUCACUCCGGAGGAAGCGGCUUUGACAUUGCGAGCACUGGACAUUGAUCAAAACAUCCAGAUUUAUAUUGCUGCUGGAGAUAUAUAUGGAGGAAAGACAAGGUUGGCGAGUCUAGCAGCGGCUUUUCCAAAUUUGGUGAAGAAGGAAACAUUACUUAAACCCUCAGAGCUAUUGCCCUUCCAGAACCAUUCAUCUCAAAAGGCAGCAUUGGAUUAUAUUGUUUCGGUUGAGAGUGAUAUAUUUGUCCCAACAUAUGGAGGCAACAUGGCAAAAGUUGUUGAAGGCCAUAGAAGGUUCCUGGGAUUCAAGAAAACAUUGGAUCCAAACAGAAAGAUUGUGGUGAAUCUGACAGACAAGUACAACAAAGGAAAAUUAAAGUGGGAAAAGUUUUCAGCUGUGAUGAAGGAAGCUCAUGCAAACAGGUGGGGGAAGCCGGCGGAUAGAGUUGUGAUUCCUGGAAAACCAAAGGAUGAGGACUACUUCUGGUCCAACCCACAAGAAUGCUGA